CUCCCCAAAGUUGCUGCAGACGCGACUAGCCGGCUCGAGACCUGCGAUGCUGCUCUCUCAGGCCUGCCACAACCUCUGGACACUGAACCAGCAACGUACAUGCUCAGCCUGAUCACUGCACUUUGUGAAGACGUCAAGACUGUUGUGGAAGGUCUCCAGAAGAACCAAUCCUUGGACACGAAGCUCAUACAAGGGAACCGCAAGAUUUACGCUGUCUUCAAAGACAAUAUCCGAUCGACUUGUCCUAAUUUCGCUCCUCGCAAGCGUAAUGACAAAAAUGUGAGUGACUCCGAUGGUGAGUCUGAUGCCGAAUCCGAAGACUCAGCAAACCCUCCGAUAUACCUGGACGAUAUGAGGUCCCACAUAACGAACUCAGUCAAACGGGAGUUGCCAAAUAACGUUCCGUACGAGGCGAAGGUCAAGCUUAUU